AUGAGUAUAUAUGAAUAAGAACUGCAAAAUAAUGUAGAAAAAUUAGUAGACAAUGUAAAUAUAUAAUAAUCAGAAAUUAGUACAUGAAAAAAUCGAAAUCAUUUCAUAGAUAAAGAUCUUCAUUUUCAAUGAAUGAAGAAUAAAGAGAUUUUACAUAAGAAAUUAUUGAGAAAGAAUUUUAGAAAACUGCAUUAUUGGAGGAUUUGUUAAAACAAAUUUAAUUAAUUGUUGACAAUUUAAUUCAAAGACAUUUGUUUGAUGUGAAAUUCUUUAUAUAUUCCUAGUUUCAAAAUCAACUACUACAUAUUUAGAAUGAACUUUUUUUAUUGAAGUCAAAAUAGUCUACAGUAGGAAGUCAAGAGAGUACAAUGAAAUAAACACUUGUAUUAUCUAAAAAUAGUUCUUUUACUGAUUUUAAUGAUUAAUUUAUCUUUGAAGAUUAGAUGAAAAAUCUUAAAAAUAAAAUGAAAAAUCUGAAAGAAGAAGUGAAUAAGAAAACUUAACAUCACGAUUCAUUAAUAAAUAUGCUGUUAGAUUAAUAGUAAUCAAUAAUUAUAAUAAAUAAUUAAGGAAGGAUUUAAAAGAGAAUUAAAGAAAAAAUUAAUUUAAUGUUGAUGUAAAAUUAAUUGAAAAAACAAUGCAUGAUUAAUUAUGGUUAAGUAUUGAAUUGAAAAUAUUGGAUAGGUGUAGAAACAUAAAGUCGAGAUUUUGUUGAAACGAAAUUUUAUUAAUUGAAAUAGAUGGUAGAGUAAAAUAAUCAAAAACAUAAAGGUAACUUUUUAAGUAAAAAUAGAAAAGGAUGCUAUAAUAUGGACAAUCGUAAAUGAAUGUAAAAGUGAGAUGGAUAAAAUGAAUUAGAAAUUAAAUGGUUUGAACUGUCUUUUAUAAGAAAUGAAGGAAAAUAAUCAUUGGUACACACAUAUUUGGAAAAGAAAAUGA